UAUGAAUUGCAAAGUUCGUAGACUUGACCUCUUGCGCAGUGGAAACAUGUCCGACUGUGAGGUGCAAGUGGCCUAUAUGGAUUGUGAGAGGAAGACGCGAUGCCGUCGGAUAUUUCGCUGCCAUAAGAUCAUUUUGGUAUCGGCCUCCGAAGAGUUCCAGCGCAUGAUAAGUGAUCCGAACUUCCAGAAAAAUGGAUGCAUACUGCUGGUUUCCGAUGCCUCGCCGGAUGCUUACGAGGCCCUCCUCCUGUACAUAUACACUUACGAAAUAUGUUGUGCGACUUCACUGGAAAUGUGCAAGGAAAUUCUGUACUUGGCCAACAAAUAUGAAAUGGACGACUUCGUUGAGUGCUACAUAGAAAAGCUGGCAAAUCAAGAUUGGCCUGUAGAGGUGGUCUUACAGAUAUUCCAGUUAGCUAAUGAAUAUAAUAGCAAGGACUUGAUGGAUCUGGUGGCCGAAAAAAUCCUGCCGUUAGCACCCCAGCUGCUCAAUGACAACUCAUUUCUGAUGCUAAGCGUGACAGAAUUAAAGGCACUCAUGACCAUCUUAAAAACCAAGACCGAAAUGACCGAUAAGGAACUAGUUUCUGCGCUCAGAAAGUAUCAAGUCUGCAACCGAAUUCGCUAUAAUGACAUGGAAAAAUUUCAGCAAUUUGUAGAGGUUACUCAUCUCUUUGGUGAUUUACUAUUCGAAGUGGAUGGUACGUUGGCUCCAGAAACGGAAGCUGUUACAACAAAAGAAGAUUCGCCGGAAAAUGCUUAACAAACUACAAUAUUUUAAGAAAAUAAAUUGAAGCUCAAGAAAAUAUUUUAAAUUAUAUUACGAAUUAAAAAUAUUCAAGAUUAAAAAAUGAAGUUUGAUUCA